CACCGCCCCCCUUCCCUCUCUCCAGCGCCCAUGGCUGAGAAGCUGUUUGCCAGGGCGGUGAAGGGCGGUAAGAACACCAAGAUCGUCACCCUGAACGGCAAGAAGAUGACCCAGAUCCCCCCGACGGUGGGGCAACUGCCCGGCCUGAAGACCCUGGACCUUCAGAAUAACCUGAUCCCCACUGUGUGCUCCCAGGUCAACACCUUGACCCAGUUGACAGCACUAAACCUGGGAAACAACCUUUUAGAAGAAGUUCCAGAGGAGAUGAAGUACCUGACAUCCCUGAAGAUGCUCCAUUUAUUUGGAAAUCAAAUUCAUAGAUUUGCACCUGGAGCAUGCGAUGGCCUGCAAAAUUUGACCCUACUUAACCUGAACAAUAAUCAGCUCACACGGAUUCCUGAAGAAAUCGGCAGAUUAAAAAGCCUUAGAUAUUUGAGUAUAAAUCAUAACCAGCUAGCCAGUAUUCCUAGAGAACUUUGCUUUCUAAGGAAGCUUUCUGAACUUCACCUUAACUACAAUCAGCUCAUUUGCAUACCCAAAGAGAUUAAGUUCUUGAAGAUGCUCCGGAAGCUUCUUGUGGCCAGGAACAACAUUGAAGUUUUGCCAGAGGAAUUUUGUGAUCUUAGAAAUCUAAGAAUCCUAGACAUAGCUGGAAAUGUCAUUCAGAUAUUUCCACCAGGUUUUCAAGAUCUGAAGCUGAAGGAAUUCUACUGUGAGGGGAACCCACUGUUUUUGAAGCAGCCCGUUCAAGCUGUAAAACAAAACAUCGUCUGGAGUCUGCAGGAAAUAACAUCGAGAUUCAUACUGGCCCAGCUGGCGGAGCAGAACCCCCUCCUGACGGAAGCCCUGGCGCGCUCCCCGCGGGCCCGGGGCGCGCUGGCCGGGGCGGGGCGCUGCGCCGUCUGCGGGGAGCCCUUUCUAACCGUGUGGAUGGACUGUGUGCAGUUCGUUUCUCCACCGCAGAGCUGGAAGACAAGCAAAAACCUACAGCUGUUGCCUCUUCCCGUAUUCAUUUGUUCUUACAAAUGCUUCAAUCAGCGCGACCCUAACUGGUUUGGAAUCGCUCAGGUGCAGAGCAGGUGAGACUCACUCAGAGCCUCGCGUGACGGGCUGCCAGCUCUGCGCACAGUCCGAUCACGCCCUCGUGAGAUCAGGCUGCGUCUCUUCGUCGUCAACACAUUAAGCUAGAGGAAGAAAAACAAUUCCUUGCAAAUAUCCCACUGUAGGCGUUACAA